AUGGGCUCUGCCCAACCUACCCUGAAUGACGGGUUGCCACUGGCCACCAUCAACAGGAAAAGGUUGUGUGAGGUAUAAAGUAAAUAACAAUGUUGAUAUCAUUAGUUCAUUGAUUUGUCAGGCCCAUGCCAUACCAAUUACUCUGAACAUUGAACCAUCACAUGUGAUAUUGUAACCCUGGGACCUGUGAUAGAGACAUUGUCUAAAGCUUACACAGUCAUUCUUGUCCUAAGAAAAUCACUGGUGUUCAAGAAACAGGUUAUAUAUAAUUUACAUAAGUAAUGUGCAACUAGGUUUCCUUGAAUAUGGUUUCCAAAAUAAGAUUGCCAGAACUUUACUGAAGAGCAAGUGCAUUACUGUAUUGUAAUUAUUUUUACAGAAUACAUUAUUCACCUAUGACUAGUGGCUGCAAACAAAGUAGCACUGUUAUGACUGAACAUUUGUAGCAGUAUAGCAACAACUUCAGUACAGUUAUCGUUGUUUAAUUGGUUCAGGGUAGUACUGCCCCCAUGGUGCAUCGGUGAGAAUGCAAUGAAGUCAAAAGUAUAGGGUUCCAGUAUUGGAUAUUAAUUACACAGAUAAAACAGAAACACAGGGGCACAUGAGGGGUUUGAAUGGAGGGGUUGGAGUGGAGGCUUAGUAGUUGGAGUUUCAAGUGCUGUAGGAUGGUUGUGGUAGGUAGGAAGGUUUGCGGUUUCUGGAAGGGACAUAAAAGCGUAUAUUAGGAUACAUAUAAUAUAAAAAGUACAUGAAUGAUAAAGUAGUGUUGAAUAUAGUGACUAAUAUGUAGGGAGAGUGUCAGAACUGAGCAGAACUGUAAAAUAGUGGACCCAAAGUGGUCAAUGUGGGAAUGAAGAGGAUCCUAACUUGUAGGGGAAAAAAGCCCUCUGGACUACCAACGACAUUGAGCCUAAUGUUCAAUGAAAAGAGCAUUGUAUUGUAUUUGCAGAGAGUCUGAACUAUUUCUAUUCUAGGUUUGAUAGUCUGGACUUUAGAACUGAGAAGGAUGAGCUGCUGUCUGAACUCAUCAUUAGCACAAUAGGAAAAUUUAUUUGAUAAUAGAGGAGAUGUUGUUGCAUUAGAGGGGCAAUAAGCAGUUGCUACAUCCAUUUGACUUGUCCAUUUAUUCUUUUUUUAUUUAACCUAUAUUUUAACAGGGAAGACACACUGAGACCUAGGUCUCUUUCCCAAAUGCGCCCUGUAUAUACAACAUAAAUAUACACACUAUACCCAAAUUAUCUAUCUAUCUAUCUACAGUGCAUUCGGAAAGUAUUCAGACCCCUUCACUUUUUCCACAUUUGGUUACGUUACAGCCUUAUUCUAAAAUUGAUUAAAUAGUUUUUUUCCCCUCAUGAAUCUACACACAAUACCCUGUAAUGACAAAGCAACAUUUUCUUUGAAUGUUUUGCAAAUGUAUAAAAAAUAAAGUACUGAAAUAUCACAUUUACGUAAGUAUUCAGACCCUUUACUCAGUACUUUGUUGAAGCACCUUUGGCAGCGAUUACAGCCUCGGGUCUUCUUGGGUAUGACGCUAAAAGCUUGGCACACCUGUAUUUGGGGAGUUUCUCCCAUUCUUCUCUGCAGAUCCUCUCAAGCUCUGUCAGGUUGGAUGGGGAGCGUCGCUGCACAGCUAUUUUCAGGUCUCUCCAGAGAUGUUCGAUCGGGUUCAAGUCCGGGCACUAGCUGGGCCACUCCAGGACAUUCAGAGACUUGUCCCGAAGCCACUCCUGCGUUGUCUUGGCUGUGUGCUUAGGGUCGUUGUCCUGUUGGAAUGUGAACCUUCGCCCCAGCCUGAGGUCCUGAGCGAUCUGGAGCAGAUUUUCAUCAAGGAUCUCUCUGUACUUUGCUCCGUUCAUCUUUCCCUCGAUCCUGACUAGUCUCCCAGUCCCUGCCACUGAAAAACAUCCCCACAGCAUGAUGCUGCCACCACCAUGCUUACCCGUAGGGAUGGUGCCAGGUUUCCUCCAGACGUGACACUUGGCAAUCGGGCCAAACUGUUCAAUCUUAGUUUCAUCAGACCAGAUAAACUUGUUUCUCAUGGUCUGAGAGGUGCCUUUUGGCAAACUCCAAGCGGGCUGUCAUGUGCCUUUUACUGAGGAGUGGCUUCUGUCUGGCCACUCUAGCAUAAAGAUCUGAUUGGUGGAGUGCUGCAGGGAUGGUUGUCCUUCUGGAAGGUUCUCCCAUCUCCACAGAGGAAGUCUGGAGCUCUGUCAGAGUGACCAUCCUCCCUGACCAAGGCCCUUCUCCCCUGAUUGCUCAGUUUGGCUGGGCGGCCAGCUCUAGGAAGAGUUAUAGUGGUUCCAAACUUCUUCCAUUUAAGAAUGAUGGAGGCCACUGUGUUGUUAGAAAUUGCGUAAUUCAAAUCUGGUAUUGGAAUAAGAAUCAAGAGAUCUUCAAUCCAAGCUUAAUUUAUUAUAUGCAAAAUGUAUGUAUGAUAAGUAUGAAGGUUCGUAUAUACGGGUCCGCUGAGAUACCACGCAGGGCACUCAGAGAACUAAACCAUUGUUUACAGGUUAUUUCUCAAAUACUCUGACAGAGAGUUCCCACCUCUUCUGUUGGCCAAUCAGAGUAAAGGACUGAGUGUGGUUUAGACUUUACUCAGCCAAUCCGUUGGCGCACGGGUUGGUCCCAACCCCUCGGCUCUCCACCCCUUGGCGCUCCACCGUUCCCAGGCAUAAGUUGCUAUCAUAAUAACCUGUAGAGUCAGCACCCAAAAGACUGUACAUUCCUACAUCCAGGGACGGUUUCACAGACAACAAAGAGACAGUGUUCGUAUCUGUAAGAAAUACAAGUCUUAUCUGUCCUUCCCCUAAUGUUCCACACAUGAAUCACAGCCUGUUAUGUGAAACAAUUUAUAUCAGUAUAGUACAAACCUAUGCUCCUCAUUAAUGCAUUCCUUCUAAGCUAUUCAUCACUUCAAUCCAAUUAUUAGAAAACAAAUCCCAACAGUGUCCUUGGGGACCUUCAAUGCUGCAGAAAUUUUUUGGUACCCUUCCCCAGAUCUGUGCCUUGACACAAUCCUGUCUCUGAGCUCUACAGACAAUUCCUUCAACCUCAUGGCUUGGUUUUUGCUCUGACAUGCACUGUCAACUGUGGGACCUUAUAUAGAAAGGUGUGUGCCUUUUCAAAUCAUGUCCAAUCAUUUGAAUUUACCACAGGUUGACUCCAAUCAAGUUGUAGAAACAUCUCAAAGAUGAUCAAUGGAAACAGGAUGCACCUGAGCUAAAUUGCUCAUAGCAAAGGGUCUGAAUACUUAUGUAAAUAAGACAUUUCUGUUUUUAAUUUAUAAUAGGUUUGCAAAAUUUUCUAAAAACCUGUUUUUCACUUUGUCAUUAUGGGGUAUUGUGUGUAGAUUGAUGAGGGGGAAAAAAUAUUUUAUCAAUUUUAGAAUAAGGCUGUAAAUUAACAAAAUGUGGAAAGAGUCAAGGGGUCUGAAUACUUUCCGAAUGCACUGUACACACAUAAACCAACCCAAACUAUGUAAAUUCAAUGCUACGAUUGAAGAAGAACACCCCUUCUUGUGUCCACGCCUUCUAGUGCAGUCAAUGUACGGGUGAACUUCAGUGUUCUAAUACAGUGCGCUGUCAACGAGAAGAUGGGAGUGAGUGAGCCCAUGAAGGGUCUUCUAUUCUACCUCUGCAUCUGUAGUCAUGUUUCUACUGUGGACGCGUGGGAACUCACCCUGCUUCAUACCAACGAUGUCCACGCAAGGGUUGAGGAGACGAGCAACAGCUACGGCAAAUGCACCAAGCCUCCGUGUUUUGCCGGGGUGGCAAGGAGGUUUACUAAAAUACAGGAGAUCCGGAACCGGGAGAAGAAUGUGAUGCUGCUGGAUGCAGGCGACCAAUUUCAGGGAACCGUUUGGUUUAAUGUAUAUAAGGGAGCCGAGGCCGCCUAUUUUAUGAAUAAACUUGGAUACGAUGCGAUGGUAAGCAGUUUACAUCAUUCCAGUAAAAUAUGAAUUAAUAUUAAUGUGGGCUACUGGAUCAUUUCAUAACGGAGGAUGCUCUCAGGGUGACCCCAUUUAAAAUACCCAACAGGAUGAUUUGGCAGGACAUUCUCGGGACAGUGUAUCACUAUUUCAAAAUAGGCCAUCAUCACUGUCAAUCGUGAAUGAUAAUACUUCACGUUUUACGGUGAAACGUCCAAACUGCAUCUGCAUGCCAGUGAUUUGAUCUAAAUCAGUUUCAUGGGAAAAUCUGCAUUUAGAAUUUUCGUGAGCAAAUUAGAGCAGAUGGUUUUAAACUAUAGAGCCUUCCAGUAUUUUGUUUCAAUAAAAGCACAUUCUGCUUAGUGGCGCGCGGAGUUGAGUUUUGGCCACAUUAUAAUUAUCUAGCUAACCAUCCUAGCAGUAACGUUAUACUAUACUAUUAUGUUUCUGAUAUGUAGAAUACUAAUUAAUCAUUAUGAUAUUCCAAGACAUUGAUUCAGCUUUGAUUAAACUUUACUAAAGGACCACUAUUGUGAGAAGUGGAGUGCUCUGCUGCACUGAACGAACGAGCUAUUUGAAGGGCACCAAGACUAGCCUACUCUUUUGCCUCGCGCAAAAUUUGGUGUGGCUGUUUUAUGUAAAUCUGAGAAUAUGUGGCAAAGGAAACAUUUUCUGGUUGGUGUGAGGGAAUGUAAAACAGUUAGGAAAGGAUACUUUUUAAAACGGGAUUGAGUGAAGUAGUGGCAAAUAUUUUGAAUGAUCAACUAAUUAGCAAUCCUCACAAGUUUGAAGAAAUUAACUUAUACAGUAUCUUUCGGUUUAUGCUAUUUACUUACUUUUGUAGCUCUUCGUCACAAAGCACGCUUUUUGUAAGUACUAUAGUUAGGCCUCGCUUUUUGUAAGUACUAUAGUUAGGCCUCGCUUUUUGUAAGUACUAUAGUUAGGCCUAACUGUCCUCUCCAAGUUUAGCUGGAAUUUAGCCCGGAAGGAUUUGAGAAAUGUGAUUGGUUGAUGAUAGACCUAUGACAUUGUCUGGCCUACGUCUCGUCUUGCACUACUCAGAAUAUCAGGAAUCAACAACGAUUGGAAAAGUCUCUAACAUUACCAGUACCACAUCUUUAUGAUAUACAGUACCAGUCAAAAGUUUGGACACACCUACUCAUUCCAUUUUUCUUAUUUUUACUGUUUCUACAUUGUAGAAUAAUAGUGAAGAUGUCAAAACUAUGAAAUAACACACAUGGAAUCACGUAGUAACCAAAAAAGUGUUAAACAAAUCAAAUUAUAUUUGAGAUUUUUCAAAGUAGCCACCCUUUGCCUUGAUGACAGAUUUGCACACUCUUGGCAUUCUCUCAACCAGCUUCAUGAGGUAGUCACCUGGAAUGCAUUUCAAUUAACAGGUGUGCCUUGUUAAAAGUUAAUUUGUGGAAUUUCUUUCCUUCUUAAUGCGUUUGAGCCAAUCAGUUGUGUUGUGACAAGGUAGGGGUGGUAUACAGAAGAUAGCCCUAUUUGGUAAAAUAGCAAGUUCAUAUUAUGGCAAGAACAGCUCAAAUAAGCAAAGAAAAACGACAGUCCAUCAUUAGUUUAGACAUGAAGGUCAGUCAAUCCGGAAAAUUUCAAGAACUUUUAAAGUUUCUUCAAAUGCAGUCGCAAAAACCAUCAAGCGCUAUGAUGAAACUGGCUCCUCAAAAGGAAGACCCAGAGUUACCUCUGCUGCAGAAGAUAAGUUCAUUAGAAUUACCAUCCUCAGAAAGUGGCAAUUAACUGCACCUCAGAUUGUAGCCCAGAUAAAUGCUUCACAGAGUUCAAGUAACAGACACAUCUCAACAUCAACUGUUCAGAGGAGACUGCAUGAAUCAGGCCUUCAUGGUCGAAUUGAUACAAAUAAACCACUACUAAAGGACACCAAUAAUAAGAAGAGACUUGCUUGGGCCAAGAAACACGAGCAAUGGACAAUAGACCGGUGGAAAUCUGUCCUUUGGUCCAAAUUUGAGAUUUCUGGUUCCAACAGCCGUGUCUUUGUGAGACGCAGAGUAGGUGAAUGGAUGAUCUCCACAUGUGUGGUUCCCACCGUGAUGCAUGGAGGAGGAGAUGUGGUGGUGCUACUUUGAAGAAUCUAAAAUAUAUUUUUUAUUUGUUUAACACUUCUUGGGUUACUACAUGAUUCCAUAUGUGUUAUUUCAUAGUUUUGAUAUCUUCACUAUUAUUCUGCAAUGUAGAAAAUAGUAAAAAUAAAGAAAAACCCUUGAAUGUGUCCAAACUUUUGACUGGUACUGUAUAUGUUUUUAUAAGUGCAAUGUGAGUGCAAGAGACAGGUUGGAAUAUCUGAAUGAAAUAUGGGACAAAUUGACAUUUUUUCUAAAUUGGUUUUUCUUGCUGAACAAGCUUGAGUAAUUGAAGGAAACACUUGUGUUUUGAACCAGUCUGUUGAUUUUAUCGUUCUUUUUGUGAGUGUACAUUUCUCCGUAGCUAAUUAUACGGCCCUCUCUGUAUUUAUCGGCUGUUGGCCUACUCGGUCCAAGUUUCAAGACAUGUUUGUACUGAGGCAAAUACAAUUUGACAGGACUGUGUUAAAUGAUGGCUGCCAUUUUAGUCACAGAAUGCUGAUGAAUUGUUCAGGAAUCACUUGGGAAAUGAUUCACGAUUCACAUGCUAUAAUAUGUUUUUAUAUUUUGUAUUAAGUAUUUUUUGUGGAAUUGAAUUUGUUGAUAAUAUGUUUGGUUGUGGGACGUGGGACAAAGGGCCAAAAUGCGGGAAUGUCCUACAUAUGUCCAGGACGUGGUCACCCUAUGUCAGUCAGUUUUCCUUGUUUUGCACUGGUCUUUGAGCUUUACACAGUUUUUAUAAUAUUAGACCUUUAAAACAUUGUAAACAUAUUUUCCACAUACAAUAUUGCAUGAUGGUUAGUCUAGGAUAUAUUUUCAUGUUUUUUUCCAAUCAUAUCUAAGAAAGUGAACUAGUAGAGAUCAAAUCACACUUUUAACCGACUAAACUCUUAGGCCCAGUGCAGUCAACUGCGAUUUCCCUUUGUUUUAUACAUAUUUCCACACUAUAAGGUUGGAAUAAUAUUGUGAAAAUGAUGAUAAUGCCCUUUUAGUGUAAGAGCUGUUUGAAAAGGCCGCCUGAAAUUUCUGCCAGUUUUGGUGGGGAUGGCGUUUUGGCCAUCCGUGGUGACAUCACCAUGCGGUAAAUUAGUUAAUUUAGUUGUCUUUCUUUUGAAUGCUCUGUUGAUGUGCUUCCCAAAGGGAACCCUAUUCCCUAUACCUCUCAAAUGCAACUCUGGACCUCAAAGCCAGUUCCACUGCAUUUUGUCAUUGUUCCCCUCUAAUCAGGGACAUAUUAAUACCUGGGACACCAGGUGUGUGCAAUUAAUUAUCAGGUAGAACAGAAAACCAGCAGGCUCCGGACCUCAUAGGGUAAGAGUUGAGUACCCCUGCCCUAUAUAGUGCACUACAUUUGACCAGGGCGCUUUGGUUAAAAGUAGUACACUAUAUAGAGAAUAAGAUGGUGCCAUUUGGGAUGCAUCCUUGGUGUGUAGAGAUAUAUUUUCCAUAGUUACUUUAGGGACAGGGUACUCCAUGGUGUAUUCAUCUGUGACGUACAAGGGACAGGUAGCUUGGAGCAAGGUGUCAAUGUAGUGGAGAAGACUAGCCCAGACAAAGGUCUUCAAUUCCCAGUGUGACACUGGCUGGGAAUAAUUGAAGCCAUAUUCAUAAUAUGGUCAGGAAGCCUAACCCAGGAGGACACUAAUUAGUCAUGUAUAAAACAAAUAACAAGAGAUGUGCAAUCACAGAUGUUAGUGGACAUGCACUAACAUAGCAAUUAGAUUAAGAAAAACAUUCGUUUAUCUAAUCUUAUCUAAUCUAAAAUGGACUUGGCAGCACAAUAACACCAGAACAGUAUGGUUGGUUGCACAUGUUGUUAACAGUGAAAUAUUGUGGAUGACCUUUGCCUUUGUUUGUAACUUUAUAGGCUCUGGGGAAUCAUGAGUUUGACAAUAAAGUGGAGGGACUUAUCAAGCCGUUUCUCCAGGAGGUAAAGUUCACAGUCCUCAGUGCUAACAUCAAAGCAGAUGACACACUUGCCCCACACAUCAGCGGUCUUUACUUCCCAUAUAAAAUAUUUGAUGUUGGCGCUCAGAAAGUGGGCGUGGUUGGAUACACUUCAAAGGAAACGCCUGCCCUGUCACAAACAGGUACAAUUAUGUUUUGACUUGAUGAAGGUUUUGAUUGAAGUUUUUGCUCCUCUACAUCCUCUCUCUUAAUGUAUCUUCCUCGUCUCCUCAACCUUCUAUUCAGCUUCAUUUAUUACAUUGUUAUUCAUAUUCAUGCCUUUGCUCCUCCUACUCUAGUCCCUCUCUCCUCACAAUAAUCCAUAUUGAUCGCUCUGUCCAGGUUGUUUCAUAUUUGCUUCCAAUAUUUAUACUAUGAUUUUAAGAAUGCCUUCCCUUAGAUCAGGGUUUCUCAAACUCGGUCCUCGGGUCCCCAAUGGGUGCACGUUUUGGUUUUUGCCCUAGCACUACACAGCUGAUUCAAACAAUCAACUAAUCGUCAAGCUUUGAUCAUUUGAAUCAGCUGUGUAGUGUUAGGGCAAAAACCAUAACAUGCACCCCUUGGGGUCCAGAGGACCGAGUUUGGGAAACUUUGCCCUAGAUACAUUUGAAUAAUUUCCCUGAUGUAAAAUGUAUUUUUGUUCCUCAUUCUGUUGCAGGACCUAACUUAGUGUUUGAGGAUGAGAUUGAUGCCCUUCAGCCCCAGGUCGACAAACUCAUCACCCUGGGGGUCAACAAGAUCAUCGCCCUCGGUCACUCUGGCUUCGUUACGGACAAAGAAAUAGCCAGAAGGGUGAAGGGUGUGGAUGUGGUCAUCGGAGGACACAGCAACACAUUUCUGUACACAGGUACGGUAUGCAUUAUGUUUGCCACAGACUACUUCUGUUUAAUAUCUACAAUCAUAGUAAUUUCAACCAGCCGGGUCUCUCUCUGAGCGUGGGGUCGAGGUUACAAUCAUAGUAGAGACUGUAUUUCUUCAGAACACCUUCAUUUGGUUAACUAUCAUACGUUUUUGUAAGGAAUUGUGGAGCCUACAGUUGAUUGAUUCCCGAACUGAACAUGCAUGUGUCCCUGGCUGUCUUCACAGUUUCCCCUCCUUACAAGUGAUCCAACAGUGAAAUCAAGUAACAAAAACAGACUUGAAAUAUAAUUGAAAGCGCCAGAGGUCUCACUCUAACCUCAGCACCAUAGAGACUACAAAACAACAAAGCAUGUUUUAUGUCCAACCAAAGCACAUAAAUUCUGCCUACAGUCCUGUCAAGGAAGAAGGCUUACUAAUAGCUCAACCAACAACCACACCAUACUAUUUUUGCUACACAGGCAGUAUAUUACUUUAUGCCUCAGCAGCUCUUGGUCCAUGAUUGAGACCAUCCACAUCCUUAGUUAGUGCAAUUUCAAAAAGCUGGAACAUUGAGUAUCUGCCACCUGUCUUACCUGCUGUCCGGUGAUGCCCAUCAUGGCCUUUCUCUUUGGGUGCGUCCUAAAUGGCACUCUAUUCCCUACAAAGGGAUUAGGGUGCCAUUUGGGAUGUAGCCCUAGUUAGCUUGCGCUGUGCUGAGCUUUUUCCACAGCAACAGCCAUGAUUCAUAUUGGUUAGAAUCAGUGUACUGGCUCGUUCCCAUGCCUGCAAGUUCAGUACCUACGCUAUGCUGCUUUUUUAAAGAGGACUCAGUGAUGGCUGUAAGGAUUCCCUUUGAAGUGAGGCCUACACUUUAGAACAGUUCACUAAAUCACAAACAGUAAGCCCUGUGUUCAGUAAUUCAGGCUGUAAAGUCAGUGUAUUUCAGGCUGAUGUGGUGGGAAAGUAAGAAUCCAAGAAGUCUAUGGCCUGGAUUAAUUCCAAGACACAUUAUAUAGCAGCUAAUUGAACCCCAGUCUAUAUCUUUAUGCAUUCAGUCAUUUAGGUGUUGUAAGGCUGUUUUCUUAAGCGUGAUUACAAUGCAACUGAUGAUUGAUAGAAAACCUUCAUUAAUUCCAUUGUUUACAUUCACUGUUUCGAUAGGAGAGAAACCUUCCUCCGAGGUCCCGGCGGGUCCCUACCCCCUCAUGGUGAAAUCAGAGGAUGGGCGGGACGUCCCUGUGGUGCAGGCCUUUGCUUUUGGGAAAUAUCUGGGUUACCUCAAGGUGACAUUUGACGAGGCUGGCAAUGUGGUCCAGUCCACAGGCAACCCUAUCCUGCUGGACAGCUCUGUACCAGAGGGUGAGUACAGUACUACUGAGUAACAUCAGGUGAAGUUGACAGUAAGUGCAUCCUACAUUUCACCUUAUUCUCUACAGUAUAUAGUGCAUUACUUUUUAACAGAGCCCUAUAGGCCCUUAUCAAAAGUAGUGUAGGAAAUAGGGUGCCAUUCUGGACCUACACAGUGAAAUGGACUUCCGAUUGCAUCAGCAGUGUAAGGGUUGGUGUGAGGUGUGACCCAGGUGCGGUGCAGGAUAGACAUUAGGCAGAGAUGGUGAAACAAGGAUCUUUACUGGUGGUUCCAAAACCAGGAUACAAAAUAACGGACUGGUCACAAAAAAAUUAAGGAGGAGCAAAUUGGUCUCCAAAAACAGGCUGACAGCAAACAUACAAAAUACUAACUAUGACUGAAAACAACAACAAUGAAACAGGGAGAACACUUCUCAAGCACCUGUACAUACAUCUCGCGAUCAGACACUGAUUAGUACUGUUUGGCAUCGAGAACUAGUAGAAGUUCUCGAUGUGAGGGCAUAAAUACACAGGUGAACAGGUAGACACAGGUGACACCGAUAAGAUAAUGAUUAGUCCAGACUGUGAGUGAGGAGGUGCCUAAGGUUGUCGGAGGAUGACACCUAGUGGGUCGCUCCAGAACUGCGACCCCCUCCUGUAACACAGCAUUGCUGUUAUCUUAUCCCUUAUGAAAUAAGUGUGCCAAUAACAAGUUUGGUUUUCUUGACUCUCUGUAUAGCAUGGUGAUACUUUCCUAUGUUUUGUAAUCAUUUCAAUGUCUGGUGGAGAACACUACUGAACACUACGGUGGACACAUACCGUUGACCUUCUAAUUCAGACUUUUAUUUCAUAUUUACUACUAAGAACUAAUUCAAUGAGAAUGCGUUUCACUGUGUCUUAAGCAUGAGUUCACUAUGUUACCAAUCUGCUAUUUAUUUGAAUUUUUUUUACGUCAAGACUACACCAGUUUCAGUACCACUAUCAAUAUCAUUAUUAUAUAUAAAAUUAUUUGACUUUUUAUAUUGUAUGGAGUAUAUAGUAGGGCCGUUCCAUGAAAUGAGGGCCUUUUGCGUCCCUUUGAUAUUAAGUAGAAAUUGUGCACCAAUAUUUAAUUUUAAAGCCUGUUAUAUUAAAUGAAGUGCACUUUAAUAUAGACACAUGGAUAAUUCAAUAAAUAUUAUUUGUAAUAUAAAUAAAGGCUUCCUAAAAUGCCAAAAUUCAGCAUUUGACAUGUCCCUCCGUCAAACCUGUCACUUUUAGGACGAUUUUAAUCCACUUAAUCCCAAAACUUCUCAGUUUCACUAUCAUUGUAAAGCCCUAGUUAUUUUUGUUUCUGAAGAUAAUUUUUUAUUUCAUGUGAUUAGUGAUUCAUUUACGUCUGUCCCUCAUUUUAAGGUGAACCCUGUUAGGUGAACUGAACUCUCGUUUUAAAAUGGUGAAACUCCUUUCCUUUUUAAAACAAACAUUGAACAGCUAAUAGUCAAAUCACAGUGUAAAAGCAGGUUCUACUCUUUUUGGCCAUUUUCUGGCCAACUGAGUGGGUUGAGCAUAACACGUCAACCUUGUUACCCAUAGCUAGACAGACUAGACAUUUUGUAUAUACACUGCUCAAAAAAAUAAAGGGAACACUUAAACAACACAAUGUAACUCCAAGUCAAUCACACUUCUGUGAAAUCAAACUGUCCACUUAGGAAGCAACACUGAUUGACAAUAAAUUUCACAUGCUGUUGUGCAAAUGGAAUAGACAACAGGUGGAAAUUAUAGGCAAUUAGCAAGACACCCCCAAUAAAGGACUGGUUUUGCAGGUGGUGACCACAGACCACUUCUCAGUUCCUAUGCUUCCUGGCUGAUGUUUUGGUCACUUUUGAAUGCUGACGGUGCUUUCACUCUAGUGGUAGCAUGAGACGGAGUCUACAACCCACACAAGUGGCUCAGGUAGUGCAGCUCAUCCAGGAUGGCACAUCAAUGCGAGCUGUGGCAAGGUUUGCUGUGUCUGUCAGCGUAGUGUCCAGAGCAUGGAGGCGCUACCAGGAGACAGGCCAGUACAUCAGGAGACGUGGAGGAGGCCGUAGGAGGGCAACAACCCAGCAGCAGGACUGCUACCUCCGCCUUUGUGCAAGGAGGAGCAGGAGGAGCACUGCCAGAGCCCUGCAUAAUGACCUCCAGCAGGCCACAAAUGUGCAUGUGUCUGCUCAAACGGUCAGAAACAGACUCCAUUAGGGUGGUAUGAGGGCCCGACGUCCACAGGUGGGGGUUGUGCUUACAGCCCAACACCGUGCAGGACGUUUGGCAUUUGCCAGAGAACACCAAGAUUGGCAAAUUCGCCACUGGCGCCCUGUGCUCUUCACAGAUGAAAGCAGGUUCACACUGAGCAUGUGACAGACGUGACAGAGUCUGGAGACGCCGUGGAGAAUGUUCUGCUGCCUGCAACAUCCUCCAGCAUGACCGGUUUGGCGGUGGGUCAGUCAUGGUGUGGGGUGGCAUUUCUUUGGGGGGCCGCACAGCCCUCCAUGUGCUCGCCAGAGGUAGCCUGACUGCCAUUAGGUACCGAGAUGAGAUCCUCAGACCCCUUGUGAGACCAUAUGCUGGUGCGGUUGGCCCUGGGUUCCUCCUAAUGCAAGACCUCAUGUGGCUGGAGUGUGUCAGCAGUUCCUGCAAGAGGAAGGCAUUGAUGCUAUGGACUGGCCCGCCCGUUCCCCAGACCUGAAUCCAAUUGAGCACAUCUGGGACAUCAUGUCUCGCUCCAUCCACCAACGCCACGUUGCACCACAGACUGUCCAGGAGUUGGCGGAUGCUUUAGUCCAGGUCUGGGAGGAGAUCCCUCAGGAGACCAUCCGCCACCUCAUCAGGAGCAUGCCCAGGCGUUGUAGGGAGGUCAUACAGGCACGUGGAGGCCACACACACUACUGAGCCUCAUUUUGACUUGUUUUAAGGACAUUACAUCAAAGUUGGAUCAGCCUGUAGUGUGGCUUUAAUUUUGAGGGUGACUCCAAAUCCAGACCUCCAUGGGUUGAUACAUUUGAUUUCCAUUGAUAAUUUUUGUGUGAUUUUGUCGUCAGCACAUUCAACUAUGUAAAGAAAAAAGUAUUUAAUAAGAUUAUUUCAUUCAUUCAGAUCUAGGAUGUGUUAUUUUAGUGUUACCUUUAUUUUUUUGAGCAGUGUAUAUCGUUUUGUGAAGCUUGCAUUCAAUUGCCACUCCCUGUUGCACACAACAAGCUUCCAUUGCCUGUGUCACGAGGUGCUUUAUGGCUGAUUUUAAGAUUAAAUCGUCAACACUGUUAAGGUCAACCCUAUUACAGUCAACCCUGUUACUUUAUUUGUCACUUACUAGGCACUUACAAUAGUACAUUUUUUUAUUUAACCUCUUGAGAUGGGAAAACAUGUUUUCUUAUUAAUUUUAACAUGUUCUUUAUGACCGAAUGUUAAAAUGAGGUGAAAUCAAGUAAUAUUUAGCCAAGUUACACUUCUCAAAAGGCACCGAAUCGACCCAGUAACUGCAUAUGAUUUCCUCGUCAGACCCCAGUAUUCUUGCUGAAGUAAACAAAUGGAAAAAGGCCCUGGCAAAUUACUCCUCCCAGUAUGUGGGGGAGACCCUGGUGUAUCUCAAUGGGACAUUUGAAGAAUGCAGGUUCCGAGAGUGCAACCUGGGAAACCUAAUCUGCGACGCUAUGGUGAGUUAGUAAUACCCAGGAAAGCUACCCAAACUUGGUACCUUUCGGUCAGUCUGUAGCCUACUGAUAACAUCCUGUUUUUUUGCUGUAGGUACACCACAACAUUAAAUAUGCAGAUGAGCUUCAGUGGAACCAUGUCAGCUCCUGCAUCCUCCAAGGGGGAUCAAUACGGUCAUCCAUAGAUGAACGCAGUCGAAAUGGUGAGUGUGUGUGUGCCUUUAUGGAGCCGUUUCCCAGACACAGAUUAAGCCUAAUCAUGGACAACCCAAAUAACUUCAAUGGAGAUUCUCCAUUGAGCUUGGUUUUUUGUCCAGGAAACCGGCCUUGUGUGUUUGAGAGAAUAAAUCCCAGCAUUGGCUGAGGCAAUGUGGAAACGGAGUGAAAUGUGACAUUUUUUUUAGGUUCCAUCACGAUGGAAGACCUGAUUGCUGUGUUGCCAUUUGGAGGCACCUAUGAUCUGGUGCAGCUGAAGGGCUCCACUCUGAGGAAGGCUUUUGAGCACUCCGUCAGGAGAUAUGGAGGGAACACAGGGGAAUUCCUUCAAGUAUCAGGUAUCAGACUGUUUAAUUUUAAUUGGUAAAAGGGUCACAAUAUGACAUCAACCAGUUGACAUCAGGCACUUGUCUCUAGUAGCUAUCUAUCUCCAAGAGCCUUUGCACCUACAUUGAAUUUACUCUAGUUUUUGUAACAUUUGUUUGCUUUUCCCUUUUAGUGUUUGGUCUCCAACUGUUUUGGACUGACUUUAUUUUCCUCAUAUGAUCUCAAUAGGAUUCCAUGUAGAGUAUGAUAUGUCAAGGCCCCCUGGGGAGCGUGCCAGGAGUAUCAGUGUGCUCUGUACGAACUGCCGGGUGCCUGUCUAUGAGCCACUGGACGACAGCAGGCUAUACAAGGUGGUCCUGCCCUCCUACCUGGUGGAAGGAGGAGACGGAUUCUCCAUGAUCAAAGAGGAGAAGCUAAAACACGAUAGUGGUGAGCGCAUAGAAUUGAAUAGAUUAGAACACUAUGGUUGUCUCCAAUGGCACCCUAUUCCCUGUAUAGUGCACCAGGAUUGCGGUCAAUUCCAGUCAAUUCAGAAAGUAAACCACCAAAUUCCAAUUCCAAAUUUUCCUCAUAGAACAGCAUUGGAAGAGAACUGGAAUUGAAAUUAGAACUUCAGUGUACUUCCUGAAUUGUCCAGAAUUGAAAUGCAAUUGACCCCAACCCUGUAGUCCACUACUUUUGACCAGAGCCCUGGUCAAAAGUACUGCACUAAAUAAGGAAUAGGCCAGGGUGCCAUUUGGGAUGCAGACAAUGCAUCUCUAGGGAUGAGCUCACAGACUCAUAACUUCCUUAUGAACAGGAACCCCUUGGGCAUUUUCUGUUGCACUGUGGUUGCACAACUAUUACUUAUCAGAUCAAAGUUGUUGGUUGACCAGUUCAUGGGGGUUGAAAAAAUUUAGUUUCUCUUACAGGUGACAUGGACAUUUCAGUGGUGGCCAGCUACAUUACUGAGACGAAGAAGGUGCAUCCAGCUGUAGAAGGACGUAUCAAGAUUUCCAACUCAAAUUCAGGAGGACCUGGACACACAACUCUGUUAAUCCUGCUGGGUCUGGUGAUGGCUCUGUCUGGGAGCCUAUGAGAUUCCUGCUGCAACACUAGCUCGCCAUCGGAUGUGUUCUUCUCACCAACUCAGCAUCCAAGGGAAGUUCUCAAUUCUAGUUAGUCUAGUGAGAGGUCAAAUUUAAAGGACAUUGUUCAUGGAUAUUUCUCCAAUGCGCUUAGAUAUUUCUAUAUAAAUACUGCAGCUUGAUAUGCACUGUAAAUGAUGCACUGUACUUCUCUAAACACAGGUUUUGUUUUGUCAAGUCUCAUGUACAGGAACUGCUGUCAAGCUCUUGCUCAGAAAUUCUGUUAUAUAAUAAUAGUCCCUCAGAGUACCAACAUAAGCAAACUUCAACAGAGAUGGAAACAGAUGACCACUGCCUGUUUUUAAUGUGUGCACUGGGCAGAGUAUGCUUAACCAGCAUUAGUUUAUGGGAGAAGAUAUACAAACACCGAGCUCUAUAAUAGCUUUGUAAAUGUUUUAAAGCUCUUUUGGACCAGAGAGGUAUCUCGCAAGGAGAUAAACAAGUUGGUGAUCAACCUUUUGUAAACAUUUAGAGACAAUUCUUUACAAGGCAAGGUAGCGACUUUUCUAUGGUCAUGAAUCCUAUACCUGGUUUCACUCUAUACUGUCGUUUUUGAUAGGAUGGUAGAAAAUCUGAUUUGGACUGUACUAGAGUUGGUUAGCUUGUUUCGUCAAAUACCUGUUUAUUCUAGAGAAAUACAUUGAGAACCAAAGAGGUCAUGUAAAUGGAGCUUUUCUCCGAGUUGUAAUUUGUAAAUAGCCUAUGAUAAAUGUGAAAUGUAAUGUUUUAUAUUUGGCGUAGUUGUGAUAUUGAAAUAAGCUUGGUAGUAGUACAUUAUACAGAUGUGUACCAAAAGCGUCAACGUUAGAAAAAUAAAUGAACAAACGGUUAUUUUCAUUUUUUUUUUGUCUAGUAGCUAUUUCUGCAUAUAACUGAUCAACUAACAAUUCAACAGUGAUUUAAAAGCCGACAUUGAACUGACUCUC